AGCAAAGAGCCAGCGUUGUGCAGCAGCCUGUAAUAUCUAUGCAUUCUGUGGGGCAUUAUUUGGGAUAACGUCGAUGAUGACAUUACUGGCCAUUGCCGUUGAUCGUUACCUAGUUAUAACCAAACCAUUGAAAUCUAUGCAAAGGACAUCAAAAAAGCGAACAGUGCAAGUAAUUGUUCUCGUUUGGCUCUAUUCAUUAAUGUGGAGCAUGGCACCGUUACUUGGUUGGAGUUCCUAUGUGCCUGAAGGUUUAAUGAUAUCAUGUACUUGGGACUAUGUCACAUCUACAGCUGCAAAUAAAAGUUACACUAUGAUGCUGUGCUGCUGUGUCUUCUUCAUCCCACUUAUUGUGAUAUUUCACUGCUAUCUGCUCAUGUUCCUGGCAAUCAGAAGUACCAGUAGGAACGUUCAGAAGCUAGCAUCCUGUGGACGGCAAACCUUGAUAUCUAUGAAAAAUGAAUGGAAAAUGGCAAAGAUUGCAUUUGUCAUUAUAGUUGUCUACGUGUUGUCUUGGUCUCCUUAUGCAUGUGUCACAUUGAUUGCAUGGGCUGGCCAUGGCAAAUCUUUAACGCCAUAUUCCAAGACAGUUCCUGCAGUUAUAGCUAAAGCUUCUGCAAUUUAUAAUCCUAUUAUCUAUGGAAUAAUACAUCCAAAGUACAGAGAAACUAUUCACAGGACUGUUCCGUGUCUUCGGUUCCUCAUCAGACUACCAAGAAAAGACAGUAUAUCUACAGGCAAUUUCAACUCGUCUGUUAGAGGAUCGAUUUACAGCCGCCAGUCCAUAGCUUUAAGGAAAAAAAACAGCUGCAUUUCCACAGUAUCUACUGCAGAAACAAUAUUAAGUGAUGUGGAGCAAGAGGCUGUCUUCAAGAAUAUUUUGUUUUCAAAGAAGCAAUUCGUUUUCUUCAAAUCUAAAAAAAGACCAAAAGGAGAGAAUCUCUCAAGGCAUGGAGCUGCAAUACGUUACCAGGAGAAAAGAUUGUGCCAACCAUAUGUACGCUACACCAACCACUUAAGAGGUCUGAAAAAAGGAGCACACAAGAGAUUCUGCUAUCAAAUUCAUUCAACACAGUUACCUAUCCACUAGGCUUAGAAUCCAUUGUUAAAG